CGGACUAGUCUCUCUGUUUGACUUGAUAUUACAUAUUCUCUCUUUUUUUUGGUUACAAGAAGGUCUUAAAAAGACCCAAAACAGCAAAAAGAAAACGAUAAGUCACAGCUUACUAGUCUUAACAGAAGACUUAGAUCUAGAAACUUCACAAAGAUCAUCAAGAGAAAAACAGUAGAAGCUUGGGGAGAAGGGGAUCGGAGCUCGUCAAACACGACAACACCAUGGUCAUGAACUCAUGAUUAAGACCCGAUUUAGCUAGAGAAUCCAACGUGCCUUUGCAUUCUCCGGAUAUUACAUAUUCCAUAUGCAUCUAUAUUAUCCCUUUGAACAUUAAUGUAUACUGUUAUGAACAAUAUAAUUCAUUCAGUCAUCAAACUUAAAUCACCCAAUCAUUCUCCACCAGCUUAUUCUACCGAUGACUAUGCCUAAGCAUAAUCCUCUCUUCCCCAUUUUCUUCAUAUUCUACUACUUCACCUUCCCCUCAUGCCAUGCCCAAUCCCCAUUUUCGUCAUAUUCUACUACUUCACCUUCCCCUCAUGCCAUGGCCAAUACACAGUGCAAGCAACCUUUCAAUUGUGGUAACCUCACAGACAUAUCCUACCCUUUCUGGGGAGGACCCAAUCGCCCCCAAGAGUGCGGUCAGGCUUCGAACUCACCAACUGCGAAAACGAAACUCAACUCCCUCACAUAGUAAUCGAAAAGCUAGAUUUCCAUGUGUCCAACAUCAACAGCCAAGAUCUUCUUCACACCAUGACAAUCUCUCGCUCCGACCUCUGGGACAGUCCUUGUACUGAUCUCCUCGUCAACACCACUCUCGACUACACCCGUUUCUCUUAUGUCCGUACAGUUCGUAACCUCACCUUGUACUACGGCUGCCUCCCUCAAAACGAAUCCGUCCUCAACAGUUUUACGUGCAAAAUAGACGGCACAUCCAAGGACAGAGAUAUUGCAUACUACACGGAUGAUUCACUUUCAAGAGUCGUGAAUCGGACGUCGUGUUCUACCAAAAUCCGAGUCCCCAUUUUAUCGGAUGGCUUUGAUGUUAUGCCUGAGAAUGCAACGGAAGCAGUGGAAAAGGUUUUGAGACAAGGGUUUCAGGUUGAGUACAGUGCGGAGUGGGAUCUCUGUAGGUCAUGCGUGAACUCUCAUGGCAUCUGUGGAUCGAACUCAACGACGGAUUCGUUUCUGUGCCUCUGCGGGGAUCGAUCUUACAGUUCUACUUGUCGAAGGGAUUCGAGGCACCAAGUUGCCCAUGCUUUAGGUGUUUUUUCUGCAGGAACUAUGAUCGUCUUUUUUAUUGGCUUCGGUGUAAAACAAAGUAUUUCAGGGAAUGAUGAAAAGCACAAUGAAGAUGUUGAGGCCUUCAUUCAGAAAAUUGGACCUCUAGCAGUAAAAAGAUACAAGUUCUCAGAUGUCAGAAAAAUGACCAACUCAUUUGAAGUUAAAUUGGGUCAAGGUGGAUAUGGUAAUGUGUACAAAGGUAAGCUAUUGAACAAUUGUCAUGUGGCUGUGAAGAUUCUUAAAGAGUCCAAAGGGAAUGGAGAGGACUUUGUCAAUGAGGUUGCAAGCAUUAGUAGAACUUCCCAUGUUAAUGUGGUCACACUACUAGGGUAUUGCUUUGAAGGUAAGAAAAAAGCGCUCAUAUAUGAGUUCAUGUCCAAUGGAUCACUUGAGAAGUUCAUAUACAAAGACAGUAAUCCUUUAAAAAUCACUCCACACUUGGAAUUGGAAAAACUCUUCCAAAUUGCUAUCGGGAUAGCUCGAGGACUUGAGUACUUGCACCGUGGGUGUAACACAAGAAUUUUGCACUUUGACAUAAAGCCACAUAAUAUCCUUUUGGAUGAGAAAUUUUGCCCAAAGAUUUCUGACUUUGGUCUUUCUAAACUUUGUACAAGGAAGGAGAGUUAUAUGUCAAUGUUGGAAGCUAGAGGGACAAUAGGGUACAUAGCUCCAGAAGUUUUCUGCAGAAACUUUGGAGGAGUAUCUGUGAAGUCCGAUGUUUAUAGUUAUGGAAUGAUGAUUCUGGAGAUGGUUGGAGGAAGAAAGAAUGUUGAAGCUCGAGUAAGCCACACCAGUGAAAUUUAUUUUCCAGAUUGGGUUUAUGAGCAACUUGAGCAGGGGAGCGAUUUCGGUUUGCUCAAUGCAGUGACCGAAGAGGAAAAGGAAGUCGCGAGGAAGAUGAUCUUAGUGGGAUUGUGGUGCAUACAGACAAGGCCAUUUGAUAGGCCAUCCAUGAGUAAAGUGAUUGAAAUGUUGGAAGGAAGCAUUGAAGCCUUGCAAAUGCCAUCAAAGCCAGUCCUAUCUGCUCCUGUAAGAACAUCACCAGAAUCUUCCACCUUAUCAGUAGUAUCUGUUCUCGAUUAAUGGAUGUAUAUGUCUUCCAUAGUUCAAUUCCUUGUUUUUAAGAUCUUUUCAAGAAAUCUUUUCCCUUCACAUUUUUCUUGAUGCUCAGAGCUCUAUCCUGUUUUGUACUUUUGAUUUCGUACAGCAAUUUACCACGAACAAAAGCUGAAAGCGUGGUUUGCUAGUUUGCUAGCGUAGAAACUAGAAACAUGUCCAAGGUUACUGUCAUACAUUUUAAGGGAAAACAAGCCUUUAGCAACAGAAAUGAAAGAAAGAUUGUAAUA